AUGAGCACAAAUGUAAUCACUAAAAACGACGAUGAAGGUGGUGAAACGUCGUCCAAAACAACUAUCAUAGGACCACUCAACUUUGCCCAAGACACAUCAUCGGAUCCUCCUACAUCUCUGGUCAACGAGCGUGCAGUGCCGUGCAUGUUUUGCAGCAACGUUUACGACUUCCACAGCACUGAUAAUGGUUCAGAUCAAUACCUAGCACAUCUGUACCUGAUCCAUCGGCUGGUGGUGGCCGAUGUGAAGGAAGUUGCCUGCCUGCCCAGCUACUGUUACUAUUGGAAGGAAAAAUUCAACAGUGAACCGGUUGAGAAAUAUUGUUCCUCAAUGUUACUGAACCAACUACCCGACGGUACGACCUCGCAGAACGAGAAAUACUAUCUACUAAGUGACGUUGAACCCUUGGAUUAUGAAGUGCGGCAACGGUUACGGCGAGAGAAGCUCAAUCUCGUACUAACGCGUCAUCAGUUCGAACGAACGGAUCAAACUUUCCAUCGAGGUUGUCUGUACUGUCGGGAUUAUCGAUCGGAAACACGGCCGGAAUAUAUUAGCCAUCUCUACACGAAGCACUUUCUGCUGCUAGGCAAACCGGAGCAUUUGGUGUUUGUGGAUGAACUAAUAGAUAUCGUGCAGGAAAAGCUGAACCAGUUGCUCUGUUUGUUCUGUGAGAAGCUAUUCAAAGAUCGGCCAACGCUGAAGGAACACAUGCGCAAGAAGGGACACAAGCGCAUCAAUCCUGACAACCAUUACUAUGAUCGCUUUUUUCUCGUCAACUACCGCUUAAAGCAAAAGCCCGAAUAUGUUCCUAUCGCAAAGCGAAAAGAAGAAAGUCGUGUGUUUGCGUCGGAUUCCGACUCCGAUUCGGACUGGUCCGAUUGGAAUGGGGAAGAACAGACGACAACCUGUCUGUUCUGUACGCAUACCGAAACCUGCAUCGACCGGCUGAAGCAGCAUAUGGUAGAAAAGCAUAAGUUCAAUUUCGACCAGUCGGUAGUUGGAAUGAGUUUCUACCAACGUGUGAAGGUGGUCAAUUUCAUUCGACGACAAAUGCACAUUCGCAAGUGUAUAGCGUGUGGAGAGCAAUAUAACGACUAUGAGUGUUUGUGUAAACACCUGGAAGAAUCCGACCACUUUCUGCUCGAUAAGGCAAAUUGUGCCUGGGAUCAACCGGAGUACUUCUUUCCCACGUACGAAGACGAUCAGUUCCUGUGUCACCUGGAGGAAGUUGAGAAUGAAAAGGAUGAUAUAUCGCAAGAGGAAGGAUCGGUUGUUAUUUCGGAGAGUGUUAAUGCGACCAUUAAUCUUGAUGCUGAAUCCUUAUCACUAGAAAGCUUCAAAAUGUAA